UUCUUUAAAUAUAUGUGUUUAGAGGAAGAAUAAUAAAUUAUGCACUAUAAAAUUUGGAAGAUGGAAAACCAUGAAAAUGGUUAACACAACAUGGUAUUAGAGUGAAAAUACAUUUUUCAACAUGACAGAUGAGCAGAAAUUGAUGUCUGAUGCAAAGUAUAAACAAUUCAUUGCCGCUGUUGAUAAAUCUUUAAAGAGUUUUGAAUAUUCAAGUGAAUGGGCUGACCUAAUCUCCUGUUUGGGAAAGCUUAAUAAGGUUAUAGUUACAUACAAGCAGUAUUCUGCUGUUCCACGCAAGUUGUUGAUUGGUAAACGUCUUGCUCAAUGUCUUCAUCCAGCAUUACCAAGUGGUGUCCAUUUAAAGGCAUUAGAAUCAUAUGAUUUGAUACUAAAGCAAAUAGGUUCUGCAAGGCUUGCACAAGAUUUAUUUAUCUACACAUCUGGUCUGUUUCCACUACUCAGUCAAGCUUCUACAGCUGUAAAGCCAGUAUUGCUAGAUAUAUAUGAGAAACAUUUCUUGCCGUUGAAAAGAAAACUGUUCCCAGGACUCUCAGGACUUUUGUUAGCACUUUUGCCUGGCAUUGAAGAGGUUUCAGAGUAUACAGAAAGAACUUCAUCUUUACUCUCUCAAAUAUGCGAAGCAACUGAGGAGGCGAUAUUUUUUGCAUGUCUUUGGGACAAUGUUCUUCACUCUCCUCAAAUACGAUUGGCAGCAAUGACAUUUGUGAUUGGUCAUUUAGCUAAAAAACAUGGCGAAUUUAAGGAAGGAAUUAUGGGUAGUGACAUUAACUUGAUGGUGAAUGCUGUUUGUGCGUCAUUUGAUGAUUCAAAUGUCUUGGUACAGCGAAUUACCCUGGACUUUGCUAUAUCUUUCAUAUCUUUUCACAAUACAAAUUUAUCACAAAACCUGCUGGUAAAACUUUUAACCUAUGCCCUUGGUGUUCUUCUUCGCAGAGAUAUGUCUUUAAACAGAAGAAUAUUUCAAUGGCUUUUAAAUGUAAACAGUGAAGGAAACCCUAUUUCAAAUAUUAAUGGUAGUAUAAGUGUAGAAGACCAAACAGAUGAUGAGAACAUGCAGGAUUCUUACUUUGAUGUGUACUCGAAAGAAGUUGUGACUGCUGCUUUAGUUUUCUUAUUUCAAGAUGUCGUUGAGAAUGUUCAAGAUGGUGCAAAAACUAAAUUGAACACCAUAAAGUACAAGUCAGUUCACUUGAAACCGUUUCGUAUUUUAAUUACAUUGUUAGAUAAACCUGAAGUUGGUUCUGUUGUGUUAGAAGAGGUCAUGUUGGAAGUAUUUCGAACGCUAUAUGGACAUUUCCAAAUUAAGAAUAAAUUAGUAGAGACCAAUUCGAGAAAAAGCAAGGACAUAACCGUUGUACAUGAUGAAAUUGUUAAAAAUGCUAAUUUAUUGUUUAAUUCAUUCGAACCAUUUUUUAUGUGGGAUUAUUUUGGAAGGUUGUUACAAAAAUGUUCCAAAGAAGGAGAAGAGGAUGUUUCUAUUUCGUUGGUGAAAAUUAGACAACCUAACUAUUACGAACUUUUCCAACUUAUAUCUUAUUUACUUGACGUUGUAUCCUUGGAAAUUUCAACUGAAACACAAAGUGAACAUUGGCCUAACUUGCUAAAACAAAUUAUCAAUGAAGUUAUUGAGAAUGUUUCUAGUAUGGAUGUUGAUACCCUUGUUGAAGGAAUAUCUUUAAUUUCAAAAUUAUUAUCACGACUUUCGCCUAAUUUAAUUGGCCAUCCCCAUGAACAGCAGUCUGAUCUGUCAAACUCUGUGUUCCUGUCACACAAAUCACCUCCCAUGUCUCCACUAUACCAUGACUUUGAAAGAUUUUCUUUUGACGAGUCAGCUGGCCCAACAAGUCCUGGCGUAAUAAACGAAGGUGUGGAAUUGUCAAAAAUAUUAUUUUCAAAAUUCGUGGAAAGAAGAGUGUUCAAAAGAAAUCAGAAAAUGUUAAUGAUGUUUCAAGAAAGUAAACAAAUAGAAGCCAUGUUUGAUGCAGUAUACUUGCAAGAACCAUCUACAAUACAGUAUGAAACAUAUGAUGAUAUUACCAAUAAUGAGAAAAAUGAUCUCAUCAUAAAAGGCUUUCAAAUAUUUUGCAGAUACCUUGUUCAACUUUCUUGUUUUCCAGUACCUACAAAUAACAGGCCAUCUAAUGAAAACAAGGAUUUUGUUGCUGACUGGUUACAAGUACUUAUAACCUGCUGUUGCUAUGGCAACUGCUUUGAUACGCAGGCAACAGCCAUAGGAACGCUGUUAGAUUUAGUUGAUGUAACAUUGAUUGCGCGUUGUGAACAAGAAAAAUCUACAGAAUCAGCAAGUCACAUUGUGCCUUUAAUAUCACUCAGCGAUUUGCGAUGGAUAGAAAAAUCUAAUUUAUACAAGGUGUUAGCUAAAAGUUUGUGGCAACGCUUAUCUCCAAGAACAUGUCAAUGGCAUCAAGGAGCUGUUAAUCUUUUUCUUCAUUUACAUAAUGUCACCCCAACUUCAAAUACAUGCGAAGAUGUGAUAAGUAACGCUCUUGUAGAUUUGAACUUGCACGCCAAAGAAUUAUCACAUUGGAGAUUUUUAAUUAUGUGGCAUCUAUCUCGAGAGUUUUACAAAGAAGAUAAAAACAAGUCCACUGUCGCUACAAGAACUAUUGACAAAUGUAUGCUUUUAAUGAUUGACAGCUUGCAAAAUGAAAACUCAAAAAUCAGGGAGUAUGCAGAACAGUGGUUGCAACAUUCAGUUCACUUUGGAGAUAUAGGUCGCAUCAUCGAAAGCAUCUUCAUUAUUUUGCUUGAUCCUACCAGUUCACGUGUCGCUAUUCACUAUGCUAAAGAAUGGAGCAUCAACAAUGCUAUUUCUUGUGUUACCACCAAACCGAUGGAGAACGACAGUGGUUUGAGUAAGGAAAAAAACACAAAAACAGAAUCUGUGCCGUCUUCACCUGCUGAACAAGUUAGAGCCUUGUCCCGGAUCAGUGGAUUUGCUGAUGAUGAAGAUGAUGAUGUAGAUGACCAAAUCAGAGAAAAAGAAAAAGUAGGCAAACACAAAAACUCUCGUGUCAAAACAUUACCAACCCAUCCGUUGCUCAUACACAAACUGCUAUAUACACAACACUACGACACACAGCAGUGUCUGUACACCUUACGACGUAUCAUUUUAAUACUGAAAUCAGAAGGACGCUCGUUCAUAUGUGCUGCAGCUACAACCAGCAUGAACGUUUGCAACACACCACAUCAAGCUAUCUUAAGACAACUGUUGAUCCGACAUAGAAGGGCGUUGUCGGGUAACGACUUUUAUGGAUCACUAGCUGAAGCACAUCAGCUGAUGAUACGAGCAAGUACAGCAAAAUAUUUAGAAAUUUUGCUUUCUGUAUGCUUAUACUUCAUACGUUCUGAAUAUCAUGAACGUCUCGAUGUCUCAGCUAGUGAAUACGAAGGAAACUUCGCUGUUCGAAAUACAAGCGCUGAGGCUUUGACACUCGUGUGUCAUCUUUUACUGGAUAUUGCAAGUGAUAGUGGGAAGGGAUUUUCUAGUUACAUAAAUGAUCUGUUAUCACGAAGUAAAAUUCAACGAAUAAGUUUACACUGCUUGUUGUCCACUGUCUAUGCGGUGACUGGUGACUACAGAGAAUCCAGUGAGACUGGUUAUUACAGUAUGGUGGAGUGUUCCAACUUAACUGAGACAACGCCCAGGAACAGCUCGAUGAGGUCGCAACUUGAUUUGCAGCGAGGUUUACUGAGGCUUAUUGAAGGUCUAAUACACCUUGAACAUUGUAUUGGUACCGAGAAUGUUGUUACGGCUCAUACAAACGAGAAGAAAAAUAAGCGAGACAAAAAUGGUAGCAAUUCAUCUACAGUGUACCCGUUUGAAUACGUGCAGUACAAGCCUAUCUUGUCUCAACCUAUGUUUAUCUCAGCAACCCUAACAGUUCUUAGGGAGAGGCAGUGGAUGCAUCUCCAUGAUAAUUGGAUCAAGUUACUUAUCUCAUGUUUACCAAAGUUUAGUGAUGACAUGUCCAAAGUCAUCGUACCUGUUGUUGCGCAGGCGUGUGUUAAUUUAAAAAAUGUGACGCGAAUAUUCAAAGAGUCGUACACUAGUAGAGAAAUUAACUGCCAUUUGGAAAUGCCGCCUGAUUAUAUGUUGGUGCUUUUAACUGGUCUCACUUCGUUUUGUCAUUAUUGUUUAAUUGGUACUAGCACGUCCGCAUCUAUGGCGUUAAAUUCAAGACCUGGUGGUGGUAUGAAGAUGGUUGUGGACGAUACUUCGUCUUCUCUAUUAUCUAACAUUGUGCAUGCUUUUUCAGCGUCACCCACGCCAUCUUCGAAACCUGUUACUCAAGAAGAGGGUGUUAAGUCAUUUGCAGAGACACGUGACGGCCUACUUGGCAUCUUACCCUCUAUCCUUACUGCUGUUACUGCUGUAUGGAAAGUAUGGGAUGCAGAUAAGAUGGCUCUCCAUGGACUACCUUUUGUUUCCAAAAUACCACUAGCUAUCGGUCAACCGAAGGCUGUGCUUCUGUCCAUACUGCAAUUAAUAACACCCAUUGCGAUGAAUCACACGGUGGUAUUUCUUGCUUCGGUGGCAGAUGUGUGGUGUUCGUAUCGAGACACAACUUUCACCAAACCUUCGUUGACAUUACGUGGUAAAGAAUGGCUGUCUGUGAUGAACAAGAAGUUCUUGCACGACAUGACUGACGACCAAAAAAAUUUGUUGGAGAUUGUUCAAGCCAUAAAGGCUCUGAGUGUGGAGCUAAUUGUGGAGACCAGCAGACAAGUCUUACGUCAACUCAUGACCAUGAAAGAACGUGCGCAAAACUUUCCACUUGAAGUUUGCCUCUUGCAAUUUCUUUACGAACUUCUUCAAAAAGCCACAAAGGAGGAGAUCAUUCAGGUCAAAACAUCGUUCGUGAACCUUUUAAAAGAAGGUUUGCAGUUAAACAUGUCGCCACCGUCGUUGUUUGUGCUUUUUGCGUUGUUAAACAUAUAUGUGCAGCGAGUACCAUUACCUGAAGAAAGGAGAGCGCGAAAAGAUCUGCAGGACUUAGCUCAAAAGUUCAUGGAAAGUUUAAACAAUGUUGCAGCUGCUUCAUUGGAAGGUUCAGCCUGGUUUCGUCGAAGUCUUCAAGUUGUAACACAGCUUGAUCAUAGCAGCGAUUUUGAGGAGUCUUCACAUUCUGACAAAUCCUCUGUACCAGACUCCUUUCAUCCAAGCCCCGGUGGAUUAAAAAACUCUCAAUACAGUGUACCAGCAAUCCUCAUAAUGGCGGAGUAUUUACCUUCCAUGUUGGAUAUGUUGUACUUGAGUGAAGAAAAGGAUAAAAUCGCUUCUUCAUUAAUUUACCUUAUGUAUAAUAUCAUACCGUAUCUGAAAAAUCAUAGUACGCAAAAUAUGACGGGUUAUCGAGCAUGCAGUGCAUUGUUAGCAGCAAUCAGUGAUUACCAGUACACUCUUCGCGCAUGGAGAAAAGAUGUGUACGAAUUGUUUUUGGACAACGAUUUUUUUCAAAUGGACACGCAUUCUUUCACAUUUUGGAAAACCACAGUCGAUCGUUUGAUCACAUACGAUAAUACUGUUUUUAAGGAUUUAAUGACGAAAAUCUCAUUAUCACAAAGCGGUGCUAUCAACAUCUUUGCUAAUCGAGAACAGGAAAUGGAGCAACGUGCACAGCUCUUGAAACGACUCACGUUUGCGAUAUUCUGUGGUGAGUUUGACCAAUAUCACCAGUAUCUUCCCGACAUACAGGAAAGACUAGCUGAAAGUAUUCGUCAGUUACAGGGUCCGUUUUUACACGAACAAGUGUUUCUGUGUUUUCGAGUAUUACUGACAAGAAUGUCACCAAAUCAUUUGGUUUCCUUGUGGCCGCCUGUUCUAACUGAAUUGGUGUUAGUUUUCGUGCAUAUGGAACAUGAACUUUCAACAACAGGAAAACCAAAGAGUAAAUCCAAAGUAGCUCUUCUUGAAUCAUUUUUAGGAAUAAAUGGAUAUUUUAAAGACCCGAAUAAAUGGUUACGCUUAUAUUUAGCGGUCUGCAAGUUAUUAGAUUUUCUUUUGGUCUUGCCCGGUGAUGUUUUGCAGUAUUAUCAAGUUUACAAGUGGGCGUUUAGCGAGACGCCCGGUGUUUACUGCGCCACUGACAUCCCAACUGAACAAGAAAUGAUUGCAACAAAGUCUUCUGUGGAGAAUAAACAAGAGAUCAUGAAUGGCCAUAAAAAUCGAAUUCGACAUGAUAGUCACAACAAAACGAAAGAUGACGAGAUGUCUAAAAUGGCGGUUUUAAAUGCCCCCAUCUCACAACAAAAGAAAUUGACACAAAAAGAAAAGACAAAACAUAAAGAUCUUCCAAAGCAGGAAACAGUUAUGUCUGUUUUUCUCCCUUACAUCUCGCGCAUAAUCAAGCUGCUACGAAAGCAAAACCUUGCAGAAGAUAGCUGGCAAGCUCCGCUUCGUGUUCCAGGCCAGCUGAUUGUUACACAGACGAAAAUCGUCAGCAUUUAUGACUUGAUGCCUUUCUUUCUUGCCGUAACAGGAGAAUUAGCGGCACAUGAUGUCGAUGUUUCGAAAUUAAAUCGAUUUAAAAUGCAGGAUGUCGAAAAUCUGAUCGAAAACGAUUUUAUCGAGAACACGACUUCUCAAUCUUAAAGACGCACAUUAAAGUUUUUUUGUUUCUUUUUGUACGUUCUUUAAAAAACUUUACCACAAAAAGGCGAAAAAAAUUGUGCUUAUUUUUCUGCACGGGGAAGAAAAAACUUGAUUAGUAUAUUUUUGUUUCAAAAUAUUAUUUUUUUGGUUUUGUAGUGUAUAUUUUUUAAGGAAAGUCUUUAACAACUCGAAAUAUAGAAAAAGAUAAUAUUGGGAAAUCUAA